AUGUGCCCCAAAACGCGCAUUAACUACAUCGACGAAGUCCAUCAAGCAUCACAGGAAGCUACAUCGGUCGAGCCCAGCGAUCAGAAAACAGAGUCCUUUAGCGUAAUUUCCUAUAAGGAUGCUUUGGUAAGCUGUCGCAUAGGUACCUCGACGAUAGAGUUCUUAAUUGACUCGGGAUCCGACGUCAAUGUUAUUGGUGGCCGCGAUUGGGAACAAUUGAAACAAUUGCCCUGCUUUACAGUUCAUGCUUAUGCUACUGCCGAGCCAAUGGUAAUUCAGCAGCGCUUCAGUGCGAAGAUUGAAACGGUGGGAUUCUCUAAACCUUCCGUGUGGGCCAAUUUUGUAGUAGUACCCGAAGGACGUCGAUCGUUGCUAGGCCGGAGAACUGCAGGCGAAAUGAAAUUAUUGAAAAUUGGAACAAGCGUAAACGCAUGUGAAGAAUCAGAACCACAGUCACCAUUUCCGAAGAUGCCGGGAGUGAAGGUUCGAUUUUGUAUCGAUAAGACGAUUCCCCCUGUAAGGAACGCUUAUUAUAACGUUCCAGCAGCGUUCAGAGAAGCUGCAAGGAAACGGUUACAGGACAUGGAAGCGAAGGACAUUAUCGAAAAAGUGUCAACCGCCCCUGAAUGGAUCAGCGGGAUGUCCGCCGUGGCGAAGGGUAAAGGAGAUUUUCGAUUAGUAGUCAAUAUGCGGGCUGCUAAUAAAGCUAUUAAACGAGAGUAUUUCCGGCUCCCUCCGAUCAACGAAAUGAAAACUAAGCUGCACGGUGCUAGGUAUUUUUCUAAGCUCGACCUGUCGAACGCGUACUACCACCUGGAGUUAGAAAAAGGAUCCAGAGAUCUAACGACCUUUUUGUCGGAGUACGGUAUGUACCGCUUCAAAAGACUAAUGUUCGGUGUCAACUGCGCACCGGAGAUUUUUCAGCGCGAGAUGACCAGAAUCCUCAAGGAUUUCCCAAACGUCAUCAUCUACAUAGAUGAUAUCUUGAUUUUCGCUGAAACUCUGCCUGAACUUAGGAAAACCGUAGCGGAUGUGAUGCAAGUUUUAAGAGCGAACAAUUUGACGAUAAAUCCAGAAAAGUGUGAAUUCGACCAAAGCUCGGUAACAUUCCUUGGACAUAAACUUGAUGAGCAGGGAUUUCAUAUCGAUGAGGCGAAGACAAAGCUCAUACUCGAAUUCCGACGACCAGCAACAGCAUCGGAAUUACGCAGUUUCUUAGGCUUGGCCUCGUUCUUAAGCCCUCAUAUCAGGAAUUUUGCUGACCUGACAAGACCUUUGUGGACGGUUGCAGCUAAAAAUAGUUGGGAAUGGGGCGCACCUCAAACAACAGCUUUCGAAGCAGUGAAGGAAGCAAUCGCGAAAUGCACUGUAACUCUAGGAUACUUCUGUGAAAUGGACAGAACUAUUCUCUACACGGACGCGUCACCGAUCGCACUUGGUGCGGUUCUGGUACAGGUCGAUAGUAAGGGUACUCAUCGCAUCAUCAGUUUCGCCUCGAAGGCCUUAACCCCCACAGAGAGACGAUAUGCUCAGAACCAGCGGGAGGCGCUAGGCGCGGUAUGGGGUGUUGAGCACUUUGCCUACUUCUUGUUGGGGAGGCACUUUACGUUGCGUGUCGAUUCAAAGGGCAUAUCGUUUAUACUCAGUCGCUCACGGGAAGACUCAAAAAGAGUGCUCACCAGAGCUGACGGUUGGGCGUUACGAUUAAGCCCCUACAAUUACGAGGUCGAGCAUGUGAAGGGUAGUGAUAACAUUGCGGAUCCGCCGUCUCGCCUAUAUACCGGAAGUGAUGGGCCAUUCGACGAAGAUUGCAGCCCGUGGGAGAUCGCUAGGUUAGAAGCAAAUCCGGUAAGGUUCCUGACUGAGGACGAAAUUCGCGAAGCCACUGCUCAAGACGACAUACUCUCCCAAGUGAUGACGGCAGUAAAUUCAGGAGAGUGGUCUAAUCAAUUAAAUAGGUAUCGGCUGGUAGCUUCGGACCUCUACGUCUCCAACGGGUUGAUCGUUAAAAACGGUUGCAUCGUCAUUCCAAAAGGACUACGGGAAAAAACACUGGAAGUGGCUCACAGCGGACACCCUUUGUCUGCAAAAUUUAAAAGCAUCCUGAGAGAACGCGUGUGGUGGCCUGGCAUGCCAAGCGAUGCAGAAAAUUGGGUCAAAGCAUGCAGCGUCUGCGCCACAAACGGAAAACCGGAGAAGCCUACUCCUAUGCAACGCACUCUAGCUCCUAAGACGGUCUGGGAGGCUAUCGCGGUAGACUUCAACGGUCCAUAUUCCAAAUUCGGUGGCAUCUAUAUUUUUGUUCUAGUGGAUUACAGGUCGAGGUAUAUUAUUGCUCGCCCAGUGAAAUCGACAAGUUUCGAAUACACGAAGUUGAUUUUUGACGAAGUUUUUGACAGGGAAGGGUUUCCGCAGACAAUUAAGAGCGACAACGGGCCGCCCUUCAACGGGGAGGAAUAUAGGGUAUACUGCUCCAAACGGGGAAUUGUGAACAAGUAUUCCACACCCUUGUUCCUCAACAAACGGCUUAGCCGAAACGGUUCCACCGGAGGAGGUGAUGCUAGGAAGAAAAGUCAGAAGGGACUGCCACUUUUAAAACGAGUCAAUGUUCACCACGACGAAGAAUUGCUGAACAAACGCGACCGGGAAGCCAAGCUUAGAGGUAAGAAAACAGAAGACAGUCGACGAUCAGCUCGAAAAUGUCGGGUGAAGCCAGGCGAUGUUGUAAUUGUUGAACGUCAAAUGCGCGCAAAAGGGGACUCAAGAUUCGAUUCGAAACGCUAUACAGUAAUCGAGGAAACAAAUGGUAGUUUAUUGCUGGUUGACGAAGACGGAAGUACGUUAAAACGCCACGUGACUCAAACCAAAAAGUACACGAGUGGACCAAAAAUCGAAAGAGAUCGCUGGAAGGAGGUAAUACUGACUACGCAAUGA